GAGCCAAUCGGAGAGACCGAACGAUCGAUCGCUGAGAGGCUGAGCUUAUAAAUCAAACGUCGAUCAGCCGCCGUUCUCCGCCGUUGGCGGCUGGCAACUGAUACUUUCUAUUUAUUUUUUUAAAAUUUCUUUUACGUAUUUUUGUUUCCCGUCGAAUCGUGAAAAGCUCUCUUAGCUGGAGAUGCUACCGAAGCCCUCUGUAUCGUCUGUUCUAAUAGACCAAAUCAACGGCUCCGAUUCAAUCUCCGUCUCAAUCCAUUGCCAUAAGGAGGCUCAGAAGUGGUUUCCGGUGCAGGAAUCCGUAGCCCUUUACCAUACGCACGCUGUGGGGCCCAACCAGACCUGCUCCGCCGUGGUCCGAGAAAUCGCCGCCCCCGUCUCCACCGUCUGGUCAGUGGUCCGGCGGUUCGACAACCCUCAGGCUUACAAACACUUCGUCAAGAGCUGCCACGUCGUUGUAGGCGACGGCAACGUCGGAACCCUAAGGGAGAUCCACGUCAUCUCCGGCCUUCCCGCCGGCUGCAGUACAGAACGUCUCGAGAUUCUCGACGACGAACACCACAUCCUCAGUUUCAGCAUGAUAGGCGGCGACCACCGCCUCGCCAACUAUAGAUCCGUCACAACACUCCAUCCUUCGCCGGCCGACGGCGGAAAUAAAACCAUCGUCGUGGAGUCCUACGCCGUCGAUACGCCGCCGGGAAAUACCAAAGAAGAAACAACAGUGUUCGUCGAUACGAUUCUCCGUUGCAAUCUUCAGUCGUUGGCUAAACUCGCCGAGAAUUUGCAUAAACGCAAUAAUCAAUCUCCGCCAUAACUUAACUUCAUCAAUUACAACCUUCUCUAUUUUCCUCUGUUCUCUGUUUCUUCAAUUUUUGGCUUAAUCGUCUAGAAAUUCUCAUUGGCUACCAAAAUCCUUUUUCUGUGGACAAUUAAUAUUUAAAAUUUUAUUUUCUUAUUUCCAUUUUAAA